UUUUAGGCGUUUCCAGAGCCAUGCCUUGCUAAUGUGCGCAACGAUCAUCAACAGGCUAGAAUCAGGACUGAAGCUAGUGAAACUUAACAUUAGCAAUGAAGAUCAGUGGAAUAGCUGCCUGUUGCUUACCUCCAGAACUCAUCCUCUCGUGUAUUGCCCGGGUGAUGUCAGUCUCACAGUUGAACUCUCGGUGUAACAUUUACGGGUCCAUUCCCGGACCUGUCCUCGAUGCAUCCCUGAAUGUUAUGUUGCUUCGUUCGCUCUUGCAUGGAACAUCGUGGCAGAUCUUAGGAAAUCUCAUAGGGAAAGCAUGUUGUACGUUUAAGGAAGUGAUUAGUCCUCAGCGCUGAGGCUUUUGAGAAACAACCCAACUACAUUAGUCGAAAAAGGGGGGUGAAGAAAACAGGAGAGAGGGAGGGUGGAAAAGGAAAGAAAAGCGGCGAGUGAAA